AUGGGGGGUGUUGAUUACAGUGUGUGGAAAACAGAUUAUAAGGGGGAUUUUUCCGCUAGUUCGGCCAAGGAAUUAGUUAGAAGGAGGUAUCCAGCUCUGGAGGGGACUAAUAUGUUGUGGAGACCAGCGGUGCACCCUGCCCUUGCAGCUAGGAAUUGGAAGCUUUUGAGAGGCGUGUGUGCAACAUUAGACAAGGUAAGAAGCAGAUUUAAAUACCAGGUUGUUAACAAAUGUUGUUUGUGUAAUAACCAAGAGGAAUCGUUGGAGCACAUUUUGUGGUCUUACAAUUUUGCUUCGAGGGCUUGGAACUGGAUUUCAAAUGUUUUUGGUCUUCUUCCACAUGAAAACUUUAUAACUUAUUAUAAAGCUGCAAAAGGUAGGAGUCGGAUGAUUAAGGAUUUAUGGUUACUAGCUAUUUUGGCAAUUAGAUCAGAACUUUGGAUGACUCGCAAUGGGCUUAUCUAUGGUAACCAAAGAGUUAACUGGCUUUUCUUUCAAAAGAAGGUUAAGAAUUUUGUGCCAAAAGAGUGCUUUUGGGAGCCUCUGGUACAUAAUGAGUUGAUGUUGUGUUGUGAUGGAGCGGAGCGGAGUAAUCCUGGAAGGGAAGGUGCUGGCGUGGUGAGUGGGCAAUUUUGUAUUGGGACAGAUUCCAUGAGUGUUGUUUUGGUCUUCUCGAGUAACAUCAAUGCGGUUCCUUGGUUCCUAAGACCAAGAUGGGUGGCUGUGAGGGCAAUAUAUAAUGCUAUUCGCAUUACACAUUCUCAUAGGGAAGCAAACUUUGCGGCAGAUUAUAUGGCCAAAAGGAGUUUCUUGUUGGAAGAAGGAGAAGGUCUUAGCUAUGAAAAUAGGCCUGAUUUCAUCUUGUCUAUUGAAUUACCAAAUGUAUCUUAUUUUCGUUUCGAUUAG